AUGAACGAGGUAUAUCCCAACGACGAGAGUUUACAGACAGUCAAAUAUCUUGGUAAAACAAGAGCACUCUAUGCUCAUGGAAUUGGAGUUGCUAUAGAACCUGUCAAAGUGAUAUGGUCAAGAUCGAAAAAAGGCACACGAUACAAUCGUUGUGCAUUAUCGAUUCAUUCCUUUGGAUUAUGUAUUUAUGAAGAAAUUGCUAAUGGAACCUAUAAAAGUGUCUGGCAUGAUCGAAUUGAAGAUAUCUCUUAUUGUGUUGCUGAACCAUCGUAUCGUAAAGUAUUUUCAUGGAUUUCCCGUGAUAUUCGAACGGGUGAAUUAGACUGUCAUGCUGUAUUGUGUAAAACAAGUAAAAAGGCAAAAUUAUUAGCCGAACUAAUGGCUCGAGCAUUUCAUGAUUCAUACAGACAUCGUCAAAUACUUGCAUCGUCGAUAUCUCCACUGCCAGUAUCCCCUGUCGACACACCCUCACGAAAUUCUGCACGAUGUUCAGUAUGCGAUACAAUUCGAAAUUGGCAAGAACAACGUGAAACACGCCAUUCAACGAAAAACUUGGAUUAUGAACGUGUUUCAUCACGACCCGUUUCGCCCAUUGCACGAGCAAUUGUUCGCAAUUAUUCAAUAAGUAAUAAAAGUCUCGACGAUAAUGAUGAUGGUGAUGAAAAUGAAUCAAUAAAACCUGUUGAAUAUUUUUCAAAUAGAGAAUAUUGA